UGAAAAAAACAGCCGGCGGCGGCGGCAAGAGCAGCAGCAGCAGCAGCGGCAGAAAUUAAAUCAGUUUUUGCAAUAAAAAUAAACGCGAGCUAUAGCCCGGUGCGCGCGCCUUAUUUUAUGCAUUGCAUUUCCGCUAAUAAUUUUCGCUUUGCGUUCGAAUUCGGUUCAAGAAAUUGACAAAAUGUUCUGACUGUCGGUUAAUUAAACGCCGCUAUUAUCAAACACCCGCCCGCUUCGCUUUGCUCCUCUCCGCCGCUCUCCUUGAAGCCGGCUGUGUCGCGUGUUUUUCCACUCAGAUUAAGAAAUACUUCAGAUUCCGAUCAAAAACCCAAAAUGCAGAAGCUAUUUAGGCGCUUGAUGGACCACCGAUACCUGACCAGGGCCCAGAUCGAUGGCUUCGACAACUACAAGUACAGCGCCAUUGACACCUCACCGCUGAGUCAGUACGUCAUGCAUCCCUUCUGGGAUUGGCUGGUCAAGUUCUUCCCGCGCUGGUUUGCGCCCAACCUGAUGACGUUUCUGGGCUUCCUGUUCAGCGCCCUGAACCUGGUGCUGUUGUCGUACUACGACUGGAACUUCGAGGCCAGCUCCGGCGAGGAAGGCACAACGCCCAUUCCCUCGUGGGUCUGGCUCUGCACAGGCAUCAAUAUAUUCGUGGCCUACACCCUGGAUGGAAUCGAUGGGAAACAGGCGCGCCGCAUCGGCUUAUCCGGCCCGCUGGGUGAGCUCUUCGACCAUGGCUUGGACUCGUACACGGCCAUGCUGAUACCGACCUGCCUGUACAGUAUUUUCGGCAGGAGCCGCGUGUACUCGGUGCGGCCUAUGCGGAUGUAUUACGUCUGUCUGACGGUCUAUUUCAAUUUCUUUGUGUCGCACUGGGAGAAGUACAACACGGGCAUCCUGUACCUGCCCUGGGGCUAUGACCUGAGCAUGUGGGGCAGCACGGCCAUGUACCUGGUCACCUGGUGGAUGGGCUUCGAGCGCUGGAAGUUCGAGCUGCCGCUGGGCUCCUAUGGCACCCUGCCGUUGGGCAAUGUCAUGGAGGCGGUGCUGCAUGUCAGCGCCAUGGCCAAUCUUCCGCUAGUCAUCCUUAACGUGUACAAUUCUUAUGCGAAACGCACUGGACGCCUGUUGCCCUUCUGGGAGGCAAUCCGACCGAUGUGGCCCUUUUUGACAUACUUUAUCAUCCUGUUGGCCUGGCCAUAUCUCUCGCCCAACGACAUCAUGGAAACCGAUCCGAGAGCCAUUUUCAUGCUAAGCGGCACCAUCUUCUCCAAUGUCAGCUGCCGCCUGAUUGUUUCCCAGAUGUCGGUGACGAGGAGCGAGGCCUGGCACUGGCAGACGCCCAUGUUCUUGAUCUCCUUCGCGUUGAGCCUGUGGCUGCCAGUGCUGGAGAGGCCGCUGCUCUACAUGCUGCUGUUGGUGACCACCCUGAGUCACUGGCACUACGGAGCCAGUGUCGUAAAUCAGAUGUGUGAGCACUUUAACCGCAUCUGCUUCACGGUGCACAAGAGAGUGCCGCUUGAGGAAAAGAAGACUCUGCUCGGGGAGCACAUAAAGAAACCAAAUCAAGCUCAGUACGAGGGACCGUUGAAAAAGAAUGAGUAGACAAAUGCAAGCUACUUAUGUGUAUGCGUCUUUUUUCCGGGAAUUGCUCCGACUUUUUGAUUUUAGCUUCGAUUUUUGUUGCUCGUUUUGUCUGUACAUUAUGGAGGCUGUUUAGUUAAAACGAUUGAUCUUGUGAGAUUAUGUAUAAUUUGUCAUAUAGUUAGAAUACAUAUUUAAACAACGGACAUCCUAGUGAGUGCUGCAGUAUCCCAAAGGACUUGAAUUAACGUAAUGCUCUCUUCCAAUGAUUACCCUUAAACUUAAACUUAAACUUAUUAUGACGACUACGUUUUCUGUAUUAAAUCUAUGCUCUGCAAUGACCCAUCGUAGUAUAUCAAUUGCAUGAACAAAGGCAUAACAAGUAUUCUGUGUUGCUGCUAAGAUAUCACUUAAGUAUUAGUUGAUAGAUCCCAUUCCAGUCCAUCAACUUAGUUAUGCUUUUAACUUCUUUCUAACUGUAUUUGCCUACCAAAUAUUAACUAAAUAUUCCGAAAAUCCUAAACCACAAAGCUCGCUUUCGCCAUCCGUAUUUGGGUGUUUAUUAUAUUCGUCUAGACAUAAUCGAAUAAUUUUCAUGUGCUACGCCUAAUUUAACUCCAUUGUUUUAUUUAUAAAUGCUCCACAAAAGCGAAUACAUAAACGCCGCCACAGCAAUAGUUAUAAACUAAAAUAACCGCAAAGACCUCUAAUUAUUUGAACACACAUAAGCGUAUACAUUAUUUUUAAAGUAAACCUCAAUGUCAUUCAACUGUAGUAAUGUGACGUCGUCCAAAGCGCCACAGCACGCUUUUAUCGUAUGAAACCUAUUCGUGAGGUUCACAUUGUGCAAAAAAGAACAGAAUACAACAAAUAAAAAUAAAACAAAGUAUUUUGAAAA